AUCCUCACAUAAAUCUAGUCUCUGCCCUAAAAUUUAGGUUUCCCAUUUUCAUAAUCAUGUUCAUUAUAGUAUCUCUCUCUUACACAUACACAUCUCUGCACCUCAGAAUCUAGCAAUUAUACUUAAUAGUAACUUCUAUUAAUUUAACACCCCUCAGAAAUAAAAAGGCCCAGAUAGAUUUUGCUCUCAAUUGUCUUUUGCACCCCCAAUCUCUCUCUCUCUCUCUCUCUCUCUCUCUCUCUCCUCUCAUAAGCACCGAAUCAAGAACCUUUACUCUUUUUUCCAACUGAACAAAAUCAACAACUAAUGCAACCACAUGAUCUCUUUGUGUGACUCUUCCCCACAGGAUCCCACCCCACUUCCCGAUUCGAACCCCACCAUGUCCGACCAACAAAUUCCGAUCGUCUCCGACACCCAAAACAACGAAAGUACUGAUACCAACGUUGUUAGAAGAGAAAGGCCAGCUAGAGCCUGCACUCUACGCUCCGCCGCUAGACUCCACGCCGCCGCCGCAGCUGAGGCUGUGAUUGUUGCCGCACAGAGAAAACAGAAGAGGAAGUUCCGGCCACCUCCUAAGGAAGCUGAGUCACCGCCACCGUCUCCACCGCAGGAUAAACAAUGUAGUAAAAUUGUGACCCAAUUGGUUAUGGAGCCGGAACCUGAGCAGUUGCCACGGUGGAGUAUUCGGUCCAUGUGGGAAUUCGCUUCGAUCCUCAAUUUCUUAAAUGUUUUCAGGCCUAUUUUGAAUAUUAAAGCUGAGUUCUCGGCUGAGGAGUUUGAAACAGCUUUGUUAACACCAGAUAGUACUUUGGCUGAUAUACACAUUCCUUUGUUAAAGGGGAUCCCUCCUGUUACUCGGAUGGCACUUGGGCGAACUACUUGGAUUACUGUUCUAUGCAGAAAGUUGAGGGACUGGUGGCAUUGGGUUGCGGAUGGGGAACUACCAAUUAUUGCAUCACAGGGAACUGAGAUCGAAGCAUACAAUAUACUUCCUCCCGGUGUGCGAGUGGUGAUUUUAAAAGCAUUAUGCGAUAUUCGUGUUGAGCAAGAAGAUAUUCGGAACUAUAUAGAUAACUCCAUAAAGCAAGGUGUUCAUAUUUCGACAUUCCGCAAAGAACGCAUUGGUGGAGAUUCACAUGGAAUCUCCUAUUGGUAUGAAGAUGAUCCUGUCAUUGGUCAGAGGUUGUACAGAGAAAUAAGGACAGUGGAGGUAAGGAAAGGAAAGGGGAAAAGUGUUCAACCUGUUCCUAAUUCAUUUUACCAGUGGGAAACAGCUGCAACUAAUGUGGAUGAAUUUCAAGAUGUUUCUGAGAAGCUUUUUUCAAGCAAAAAUAGAACAGAGGCUUCACUUGGGAAGAAGUUAAAAAUUGAAAUGCUACCAGAGGUUGAAAAGGCCCAUAAGACAAAAGAGAAGCUAUUGAAAAAACAACAAAGACAAGCACUUCUUCUUGAUAAUAUGAUUAGUGCGGAUGGACUUUCUCCUGGACGCUCUCUUCGUGGUAGAAAGAAUGUCUCAUAUACUUUUGAUGACUAUGACAAAUCAAUCAAUGAAGCCAUCAAUGUUACCAAAAGAAAGCAAUCCCCACCAGACUCUACUGUUCGAAGAGAAGGUACAAGAUCUUAUAUUUCUACAAAUGGUGAAUUGGGUGGUCCUUCCCAGGUUCCUGAACAUUCAUUUAGCAUGCUAACACCAGAAUCCCACGAUGAGAAUGAUGAAGAUCUUACCUAUGAAACCUUGGGGCGCGGUCGACGAAGACAGAGGCCUGAACGGUACCCAGCCAAGGAGUUUGUUGAAGAAAUGUCUGAUAAUGAUGCAGAAUUUGACAGUGAUGAUGAGAUAGUUGGGGAAGCUGUGUAUGAUGAUGAAUAUCUUAAGAAGCGGAAAGAAACGAGGAUUAUGUCCAGUGGCUCAGAAGGAGAUGAGGAGUAUCAGUGGGAAGGUGAAAAUGUUGAAGAAGAGGAAGAAGAGGAUGAGUACUCCCUGAGUAUGGGUGAUGAUAGUGACGAGUGUAUUAGUGAUGAUAGUGGUAAGCGGCAAAAGCCCAAGAAAUUACAAGGUCGCACUAGGAGGGAAUCUAAAUUGAGAUCAGUUAAUGAGUUUGAUUCGGGUCUAAGACGUAGUAACAGAGCCACCAGAAACCGUAUAGAUUACAGAAAAUUAGAAGUGUCAGAUUCGGAAACAGAAUCGUUGAAGCCUGAGAAAUCAAAUGCAUCAGAUGAGCACACAGAUGCAAGUGAAAAGGACGAUUUUUCUAUAAAUAGUGAGAGUGAAGAAUCUGAUGCCAGUGAUAUCCAGUACAGGGACAUUGACUCUCCCCCUGAGGAGCAACCUGAGGCAUCAGACGAGCAACCUGAGGCAUCUGACGAGGAGCAGCCUGUGCCAAUGCAGGAAGACCAGUCAGAGGCAAUUUAUGGAAACCAACAGGAGGUAGUUUAUGAAGAUCCAUCAGAGAGAAUGUAUGAAAGCCAACCGGAGGGAGCGUAUGGAAACCAUUCAGAGGGAGCAUAUGGAAACCAGUCAGCAUCAGUGUAUCAUCAACAAUCAGAGGGAGCAUAUGGAAACCACUCGGCAUCAGUGUAUCAACAAGAAUCGGAGGGAGCAUAUGGAAACCAAUCGGAGGCAGUGCAUGUGAACCAACAGGCAGCAGCAGAGGAAGACCAGGUUCAGUUUCCUAUCAAAGCUGAUAGCCCAGUUCAGGACAAGGCUGAAGUUCAGAGAAGGGGUUUUCUUGAUCUAAAUGAGCUUGCCCCCGGUUCUGGAUUUGAUGAUGGUCCCGACUCAAUGAUGAAAGGUGAAGAUACAGAUAACUUCUGAGGUUCCCCUGGCUUCCAAGUUAUAUUUCUCGGCUUAUCUUCAGGAAGCUGGUUAUAGUUCCUAAGCUUUGUGUUGGACAAACUGAGGAAAUAAGAGCAAGUUGCCAUUAGAGAGUUAUUUCGUAGCAAAUUAGUGCAAUUGCCCCCAUGCAGCUCAGUUUCAUGGAGGAGCAAUGUGAUGCUGAGAUAUUACUGUAGAUUGACUAGUCAUGUUUUAGUUUCCGGUAGGUAAUUGUUUAAGAUCCGGCCUUUUACAUAUAUAAAGUGUACGAUGUGCUAUAAACCUGUUAUUUACCUAUUAAAAAAGAUUGAACAGAAGGAUGUUUAAGACUA